CCGAGAACAUGGCUAUAAUUUAGGCCCAAAAGUAAUAAUAAUUAGAGCAAGAAAUUAAAAAAAUCAAAUCCUUUACGGCCUGAUUUCUGUUUCCUAACCCCAAUCCGUGAACCCGCUCCACUCACUAUAUAAAAUUUUCAUCGCCGACCCGCUUCAUAUUUUUUUCUUAUUCUUCACUUUCUUCUCAACCUCUCUGGCUGUCUCCUCUUCUCACCUUUUCGAGUUGUUCCCUUAUCUGCUUCUUCUUCUCUAUUCCAUCUCUCUCGCUCUCUCCUCAGUGAUCGGGGCGGCAGCUGUACUGCUCCAGGAAGCUUGUGAGGUAUUUUAAUAUUUGGAAGCCAAGAUGGAGGCUUGUGGUGGAGCUGCAGUGAUGGGUUCUCUUCAACAGCCCAGUUGGACCAAAGGAACAAUUUUCCCAAACAAGGGGCUUAUCGGUACUGGAUUUUCACAUAAACUAAAGCUCACUUGUGUGAAGCCCGUUAGAUCUUCUUCUUCUUACAUUGAAGGAAGCUUGGUUGCUGGAAGGCCAUCCUCUUCUGUCUCUGUGACUUUGCCUGAAAUUGGUGGUUAUGGAAGCAGUUUUGUAGACAAUGGGUUAAGUGAGGCUGACCCUGAGGUGCGUGCUAUUAUUGAAAUGGAGAAGGAGCGACAGUUCAAGAGCCUUGAGCUUAUUGCCUCAGAGAAUUUUACUUAUCGGGCAGUUAUGGAGGCAGUUGGCUCAUGUCUCACGAACAAGUAUUCGGAAGGAUUACCAGGUAAAAGGUACUAUGGUGGCAAUGAGCACAUUGAUGAGCUUGAAACACUAUGCCAAAACAGGGCUCUAGAUGCAUUUCACUUAGAUGGAAAGAAGUGGGGUGUUAAUGUUCAACCAUUAUCUGGUUCUCCUGCUAAUUUCGAGGUUUAUACCGCAGUUCUUAAACCUCAUGACCGUCUCAUGGGUUUGGACUUGUCUCACGGUGGACAUUUGUCUCAUGGUUUCAUGACUCCUAAAAGACGGGUAUCAGGCACAUCCAUUUAUUUUGAGUCCAUGUCUUAUCGACUCAAUGAAUCCACAGGUCUGGUUGAUUAUGACAAGCUUGAGGAAAUGGCUGACCGAUUUAAACCAAAACUCAUUAUUGCCGGGGCUAGUGCUUAUCCUCGAGAUUUUGACUACCCUCGCAUGAGGAAGAUUGCGGAUGCUGUUGGUGCUUUUCUUAUGAUGGAUAUGGCUCACAUAAGUGGGCUUGUUGCUGCUUCUGUGCUUGCAAAUCCUUUUGACUACUGUGAUAUUGUAACCACAACAACACACAAGUCUUUGAGAGGUCCUAGAGGUGGAAUGAUCUUCUUCAAGAAAGAUCCAGUUCUUGGCGUUGAUCUAGAAUCUGCCAUCAACAAUGCUGUUUUUCCAGGUUUACAGGGUGGUCCUCAUAACCACACUAUUGGGGGCCUUGCAGUUUGCUUGAAGUAUGCACAGUCCCCAGAAUUUAAGGCUUACCAGAAUAAGGUGGUCUCUAAUUGCAAGGCUCUUGCAAGCCGAUUGAUUGAACUUGGGUAUAAACUAGUUUCUGGUGGAAGUGAUAACCAUCUGGUUCUUGUGGAUCUGCGGCCUUUAGGUAUUGAUGGAGCUCGAGUGGAGAAAAUUCUUGACAAGGCUUCUAUCACCCUUAACAAGAAUUCAGUACCCGGAGAUAAAAGUGCUGUAGUUCCUGGUGGCAUUCGCAUUGGGUCACCUGCCAUGACAACAAGAGGAUUCACUGAGAAAGAUUUCAUAGCUGUUGCAGACUACAUUCAUGAGGGUGUGCAGAUAACAAUUGAUGCUAAACGAGCAGUCUCAGGAUCAAAGCUCCAAGAUUUUAUGAAGUUUGUAGCUUCACCUGAAUUCUCCCUAAAGGAUCGAGUGUUGGAUCUGCAGAGAAGAGUUGAAGCUCUUACCACUCAGUUCCCAAUGCCUGGAGUAUAACUUGUAUAGAAGGAAAUGCAAGCUUUUCAGCACAACUAUUUCAAGGUAGCUUGUGGAUGACCACUUUUAGGUUUGGCAUGUAAAAUCUGAAAUUAGCAUGCUCUUUGCUAAAUAUUCAUCUUCAAUUUUGGUCUUGUGUGAAGAUGAGAAUUAAAUGACUAGUUUUCUCCUAGGGAAUUAUUUAGGGAGCUUGAAUUAGGGAUCCACACCUUUGUAGAGCCCUCUCUGAGUUGAAGUUUUAUGAUCCGAACCCUUCCAACACACUCUAGACUGUUACCCUAAUCAUCAUUCCUCAGCUCAACAAGUCGAAUGAGAGAGGUGUUAGCCGUGCGGUGAGCUUGGGUGAGACAGGAUAGAGCAUAGGCACAAUUCACGGAUGUCAAGUUCAAACAGCUGCUCAUGAUGAGGGAAUGCCUUGCAGAGCAGGUUUGAAGGG